CAGUGACCCCCCUUGGGGCGUUUGAAACCGCGUGCCAAUCCGAUUUCGCUGAUGGCGUGCGGUUGCUGGCAAGGCUGUACGCAAAGGCUGCAGCGGAUUUUCAGCUCUUUUCAGGCCCCCAAAGAUUAUGGCGAGGAACAGCAAUCCUUUGAACGUACUAUUGACUUCCUCUCCUCGGUGCCCCUCUUUAAAAAGCAGUUGCCCAAGUCCGAGCUGCCGAAGGUGGCUCAAGAGCUGAAGCGCAGGACGUGGAAGCCUGGCCAGGUGCUCGUGCGACAGGGAGAAAUGGGUAGAGCGUUAUUCCUCAUUGAGACCGGGGAAUGUCAAGUGGUGACCUGUGAGGGGCCCCAGGGAUCCGCCCGAAGGUGCCGGCGUGGCCGACUGGUUUGGGCCCUGGUGUGGGCCGCCCGGUCUGUCUGAAACCAGUUCCGACGUGGAAAAGACCCGGAAGACUCAGCUUCCUGUCGGACCCUCAGAUCGUCUAGGCCUUCAGGCGUGGGCUGAGUGAAUGCUGGCAGUUCUCAUCCCACCUGUGACUGUGAAGACCAUCCCCGGCGGUUGAAGCGAAGCGGAUAGGGUGCAUUUUUGUGACUCCUAAGCGUUCCAGGUGAGUGCUGCUCAGGUCAGCAUUUGAGGCAACUGGUGGUAUAUAUAAUAGAUGGUAUCAACAUGGAUC